CGUCGCAGCUGCUGAAGGUGGAGCUCAUUUAAAAACACAUCAUAUUUUAUGUGAUGAUUAUAUUUUGUAUUAAUGAUCAGAAUCUAUAAAUAAAUGUAGUCAGCUGUCUGCGGCUCAGUUGAUGUGACGUAUCGUCCGCUGUGCAAAGGAUUGUGGGUAGGUGGUGUUUCUGUCAUACUGUGUGCUGGGACAUGGUUCAUCUGUUCCUGCCACAGUUCAGUAGUACGAGUAUCAGAACACACAGCGUGGUUUAAAAAGAAUCAAAAUGAUCCAGUCAGGUGGGCGUUCAUGGUUGUGAGGGUGUUCUGUAGAUGUGGAGCACACCGAGCUGCACAUGUGGGUCAAAGGUCAAGUCCAUCAGACUCAGGAUGUGAGGGGCGUGGCCUCUUAAAUUUAAAUUCUGGGCCUUAAUUAUAGCGCCCCCAUCUGGCGUCAGUUUGUGCAGCAGCUCUCACACACUGGUGACAAAAGUCUGUGAUGAACUGUCUCAUGGCAACAUCCCAUAAUAACAAUAAUAAUGAUAAUAAGAUAUUAUUGUUAUUAUUGUUUAGUCUUCAGCGCAGGACCUGAGCCGCAGUAUCUCCUCAGUAUCAGAUCAAAGAUGAGAACAAACAGUUGAACACGUUCAGACUGGAAACAGGAAGCAGUGUUUUUAGUGACAGCGGAAACAGCGUCAGAGUGAGCGCUCUGUCUGCUUCCUGCUCUGUGCUCAGUGUUUUAGGAAACGUGGCCUUAGACCGUGAAGCUCCAUCAUCAUCAUCAUCAUCAGCAGCAGCAGCAGCAGCAGUGGAUGAAUGAGCAGCACCGUCUGUCACCUCUCGAUCCCGUCUCUCAACUGAACCAUGUCCUCCGACACGGAACAAGUCCCGGCCUCGGCCCCGGAGGCCGCCGCCGCCGUCCUGGACGCCCUGAACGCGACGGACUCCAACGGGACCGAGGCGCUCAACGCUACAGCUAAAUUCGUGGCCACUCCGGAGGGCACUGCGCUGGCGUACGGCAGCCUGGUGUUCAUGGCUCUGCUGCCCAUCUUCUUCGGAGCCCUGCGCUCCGUGUCCUGCUCCAAAUCCAAGGAGCUUGGAGAAAAUGAUUACGAUUCUGGGUUCAGAAACACAUCAGACAUGCCAGAAACGAUCACCAGUCGAGACGCAGCGAGGUUUCCCAUCAUCGCCAGCUGUACUCUGUUUGGGCUCUACCUCUUCUUCAAGGUGUUUUCUCAAGAGUACAUCAACCUGCUGCUGUCGGUCUACUUCUUCGGCCUGGGUGUCCUGGCUCUGUCUCACACUAUGAGUCCUCUGAUGUCCAGAAUCUUUCCAGAAUCUUUCCCUAACAAACAGUACCAGCUGCUCUUCACUCAGGGCUCCGGAGAGUCCAAAGAAGAAAUAGUCAACUAUGAGUUUGACACCAAGAACCUGGUGUGUCUGCUCAUCAGCAGCGUGGUCGGCGUCUGGUACCUGCUCAAAAAGCACUGGAUAGCCAAUAACCUGUUUGGCCUGGCGUUCGCCCUGAACGGGGUGGAGCUGCUCCACCUGAACAACGUCAGUACCGGCUGCAUCCUGCUGGGGGGGCUGUUUGUCUACGACGUCUUCUGGGUGUUUGGGACCAACGUCAUGGUAACAGUCGCCAAGUCCUUUGAAGCACCAAUCAAAUUGGUGUUUCCUCAGGACUUGUUGGAGAAAGGACUUGAAGCCAGUAACUUCGCCAUGCUGGGUCUGGGUGACAUCGUCAUCCCCGGUAUCUUCAUCGCGCUGCUGCUGCGCUUCGACGUCAGCCUGAAGAAGAACAGCAGGACGUAUUUCUACUCCAGUUUCCUGGCCUACAUCUUCGGACUGGGCCUCACCAUCUUCGUCAUGCACACCUUCAAACACGCACAGCCCGCCCUGCUCUACCUGGUCCCAGCCUGCGUUGGCUUCCCCGUCGUUGUAGCACUGUUCAAAGGAGAGCUCACAGAGAUGUUCAGGUACGAGGAGACCCCUCCUGAGCACGCAGCAGAGACUAAAGAGGAAACAGAAUCAGAGAAAAAGGACCAAUAACAUCCAUCGCUGCCCCGCCCCCUCCCCCCUCCUCCUCAUCCUCAUCCAGCCUGCUGCCACCACAUUUCACUGAAGCCCCUCCCGCUCCCGCUGCUCCAGCUUCCUGUUGGUCGCUGGGGGAAACGGGACUCAUGUAGCCAACGUUGUUUGUCUCUGAUAACUGCGGGAAUGGCUGCUGGUCUCCGUGGUAACGGCUGCUGGUGUUUCUAAUUAAAGGUUGUUUGGUAACAACAUUUGAGACUCGGUGCCUGCCAUGAUUCCUCUCUCUCUGCCUCUCAGCUGCUCGCACACAGGAACGCACAUCAUCGGCUUUUAUCGUACGUUUGUUCGGGAACGCCGUCAGAGCGGUUAAACGGCAGCCGCAGCGUCGUCAGGUCUGACCUUCUUGUGUGUUGGCAGCUCAUUGGCUCAGAUAGACCAGGAAACCAUCAAACCUCCGCCGCCUGAAGGAGCGCUUGGUUUGGAAAAUUUACGGUAAAACAAGCGCUCCUGUUUCCUUUGUCUUUAAAGCCUCCAAACAAAGAACCACGGUUCUUCGUGUCAUCCUCCCACAGUCCCACAGUGACCUCCACAGUGUUAACUCAUCAGACGGACACUUCGUGUGGGCGUGGUUCUUUGUCUCCGGGUUUCUUCACUUCCUGGUUUAUUUGGCGCCGGGCCGCCACUCAUUCUGCCUUCUGCUUUCUCACAUCAGUGUUUUCUGUUGGUUCCACUUUUAUUGUUUCUCCUUCAAGGCCAGAAUUUUAAGAUGAAAAAUCCAGUUUAGAUUUUUUUUGAUAAUUUCCAGUUAUUUUCUCACGUCUUGUCUGUUGUGAGAACUCGUCCUGUAGGUGUGACUCAGUCAGCUGUGAUCCGUUGUGUGGAGCGAACAUGGCUUCAGAUUCAAACCCGCAGUGUUUGUAGUCGUAUGUCACGGUCAGGCCUCGUCCACACGCACACACCUUUACUUAUACAUCACUUUUUUAUGUGUUUUGGUCUUUGGUCCACACAAUCUGUGUUUAAGUAGAGUUCAGUUGGUUGGAUCAGAUUCAGCUGUUUAAUAUGAAUAUUUGAUAACUCAGUUUUUUUUUGUCCAUAUAAAGUUUUUAAGUUUGAACGGGAUUCAGCGGUACGUUCAGUGUGACAGUGGUACUCACAUUAUAUCGCAAACAAGCUAAGGUGCUAACGACAUGUCGGAAAUGUGCCCCAGUUAUCAAACAAGAAGUAUCUGCUUCUCCUCCUGUGUCGCUGCAUCACGUCCCUCUGUGCCAAAGAGCGCUCUCUCUGCAGCAAAAUCUAAAAAGUCCCCAGAAGUUAACUGUACAGCACACUGUGACUGACUGACUGACUGACUGACUUGAAGCAUCUGAGUGGACUGAGGGGUCUCUAACGAUUUGAGUCUGUGACUCUCGAGGAGGCGGCUCUACGUUUAGGCUGACUGAAAACAGACCCGAUAUAAAACUCCAUCUGGGUGAAAAAGUUCAAACUCUCAGUGUUGACGUGCAGAUGGGAAAACCGAGCUUGUCUUGUGACAUCAGAGUGUGCGCGGUUAUCGUGUUUGUAAGGUGUCACAAAUUAAUUUCCUGUGAUGGCAGAUGUGGCCAACGUCGAGCUGGUUGUAACCUGCCAACAGGACGUCAUACAUGUUUAACCAUAACUGUACAGUUAACUCUACAGUGAGGACGAUGCAGACAGGCAGCCUUCAGGUGAUCGCUCUGUUUUAAGUUUCUAAAUGACCAACAUCAUGCUUGGCAUGGUUUCAGGGUUACGGUUAUAUCGCCACCUGCUGGUUGGCGUGCUCCUGAUGGUGCUUAAGUUGUGUGUUUGCGUUGUAAUGUGGACAAAGUUGUUUUUUGUUUUUUUUAAACGGUGGAAGUGUGGACCAGAUUUUUUUUUUUUUUUUUAACAGAGGGGUAAAAUUCUGUUUUCAAAAACCCCCGUGUGCGUGUGGACCAGGCCUCAGUGACGGAGGUCGUCUUUAUAUCUGUCAGACUUUGUGUUUUUUCUUUUUUAAACUUUGAAUCCAGUGAAUUCUGAUUAAAAGAUGAAACUGGAGCUGUUCUCUUAUUUUCAGUAAAUCUCAAACCAACAAUGUGUUAAUACAUAAAUCUUAGUUUUGUAAAAUGUUACAGGCUGUAAUGUGUCAGAUUAUUUUGUAUGUUUUUCUUUUCUGUUGGUUUCAGGUCUUGAAGGUGGAAAACAUUCAGAGACUCCAGGAUUUGAAAAUGGUUAUCUGCACAAUAUGUGGCUCAAACAUAAAACCCACAGGUGUGGUUCAUUAACGCAGCACGAGUUAUUAAUAACUGUGUGAACCUGAAAGGGUUCAUUUUUUAGAGCGUGCACUCUGCGGAGAAUUUAAAUUUAAAAUAAAAACAGCUGUGGUAACAGACCAAAGGCAUCUGAAGUUUCCCACACUCAGCUUCUGUUUAUUUGGUGUUGAUAUUCAGAGGUGAUUCACCUGGACAGGACAGGUGAGCAUUCACCUGCCUGGUUCUUAAAGUUCUGGCCUGGGAGAGGAGAAUGAGGAGAGGAGUAAAGGGAGGAGGAGGCACGCUGAACCUCCUCUGCUGAAUAUUUCCAGUCCUCGUUCUCAGGUCUUAUUGGUGGAGAGGCUGUGAGGGGCGGGGCCCUGCGGCCUCCUUAUCCAGUGAGCUGUGAGAAUGAGCUGAGGAGAGGAGGAGUUUAUCUGUUUAUCCACAAACAUUCUCAGUUUUGGGGUUUGAACAGUCGAUCAGACAAAAGAAGACGUUACACCGACCAAAUGAUUCAUCAGGAAAACAGUCGUCUGAUUAAAGCUUUGAAAUCAAAGAUGGAUCCGUCACUUCCCUCCUCCACCAAACCAGCUCCGGUUCUUCUACUGGUUCUGUUCACGAUUAAUAGAACCUCGAUACGAUCGAGCGAAUCAGCCGGUGUUUCCACCAGUUUCAGUGUAUUGUAUUGAUAACCUGAAACUUUUGUUCUCUUAUUACAGAUAUUUAUAAAUAAAAUUAUUAAAAAUAAUUACUAAUAAAUAAAUAAAUAUUUUUAGCCAAAAAAACAGAUACUGAGACUUCUGCACGCUUUUUUUUCCUGACAGUUUCUCAUUGAUUCUCUGUCGUUGCUUUCUCCAUCCCUUCUGUCUGUGUCGUCACCGUUCAAACUUCAGGUUAACAAAACCUGCUGGUGUUUAGUUCCAGCUGGGGACCAACGUUUCAGGCUCUGAACCAAUUCUUUAAAUUUAUUUCCUUGGUGGAAAUGCUCUGAACGGUUUCUCAUUAUGUGCGGGAGCCAGAACAGAACCGGUUCCAUGUUGGUGGAAAAGGGGUCUUGAGACCAACAUCAGAUGUGAGACUUGGGUCCACGUGAAAAUAUCUGAGUUUGAAAUGUAGGAAACAGAAACAGUGCUGUAAACUACAUGUCUCACAAUACCAGUGGCCCUUAAAAGUUUAUUUCUUCAAAAGGUUUUGAAGGUCAGUUUUUUUCUUAACAUAAUGUCAAAAUAAAAUUCAAAUCUAAACGGCGAAAGUCAUCAUUUGGAAUUUUAGACAAACGUCAGACUACUGGGAUUCAAAGAUUUUCUUAAAUAUUGACGUCAUCACAGAACUCACAUUUUUUAGUACAUUUUGAAUUAAUUUUGGAAUUAUUUAACAUUUCUCAAAAUGAAAACCUUUGACUCAGAUUUAACUGCAGCCGCUCUGACUGGACGUAUUCAGCCUCACAAUAUUAUUCUCGAUGUUCUUGGUGUUGUUGCUUUAUUAAGAGAUGCACAGUUUUUGUAUUUUGAUGUAAAAGAUGAAAAGAAAUCCAAGUAUUCUGCUCCUGUUCAGCUCAGUGACGUUCAGUAGCCCCUCAUCAUUUUAAAUAUAACGUACCUGAAAUGUUUUUCAUUUUUCUUUCUUUUUCUCUGGUUGCAUUUGUGUAAGAGGUCGUUUCACGGCUCCGACUGUAUCUUUUAUUUGCAAUAAACUUUUUGGUGUUUUGAUCACCGUAUAGAGAAGCAUAA